AUGAAUUACAUUCUUUAUUUGGUUUUGUUUACGGCUUUCAUCAUUUACAAAGUGAUUGACCAUGUACACUAUACCAGAAGGGCCAAAAAAUACGGAUGCAAGCCAGCCAAACAAGUUCCUUAUAGAAUCCCAUUUGGAGGAUUUGGAUUAGAGUUUUUGUUGUAUCUCAAAAAUAAACAUGAUCAUGGGUUAGCCCACGAAGGCUUAGAUGAUAUAUUCCGCAAGUUGAACACAACAACAAUUGCCACUACUGUUGGUAUCGAAUACAAUGUUUUCACGGCUGAGCCAGAAAAUAUUCGACAUAUGGUUUCAUCGGCUCAUACAUCGGAGUUUGGCCUUGGGGUGAGAUUAGAAGUAUUUUCUUUAUUAUUAGGCGAUGGGGUAUUUUCGAGUGAAGGUACAAGUUGGAAACAUUCCCGGAUGAUGCUUAGACCAUUCUUUGCCAGAGAAAAUAUCAAACAAAUUCAAUCAAUGGAACCAUUUGUUCAAAGUAUAAUCAAGGCAAUUAAAAAGGCUCCUAAUAUGAAAAUUGAUAUGCAAGACAUUUUCCAACAUUUCACCUUGGACUAUUCUACAUUUUUCUUGCUUGGUGAGAGUUGCGAUUGUUUGAAAUCGUAUCUUGGUGAGCCAACAAAUGGUUCAAUUACAAGUGAAUCUAAAGCCAAAUUUGCUGAAUCUUUUGACAAGGGGGCCGAUUAUUUAUUGUGGAAACUAAUGGCGGGGAAGUUCCAUCCCUUUUAUCAGCCAAGGCAAUUGUACAUUUAUAUCAAGUAUCAACAUGAUUUGGUUGAUUAUUAUGUACAAAAAGCAUUGAAUAUGAGUGAACAGGAUUUGAAAAAUUCAUCGAACGACGGUACUACAUUCAUAUACGACCUUGCUCAACAAACAAAAGACCCCAAAGUGCUUCGUGAUGAAAUAUUGAGUAUCAUUGUUGCUGGAAGAAGUACAACUAGUGCGUUGAUGACUUUCUUGUUUCUUGAAUUGGGCCGUCAUUCAGAUGUGUUUGUCAGAUUGAGAGAUAUAGUCAGAACGCAAUUCCCUGAUGUUGAAUCAAUCACCUUUGAGUCCAUACAGCAGUGUGAGUAUUUACGGUGGUGUAUAAAUGAGACGUUGAGAUUUCGUCCACCUGUACCAUACAAUUCUAGGACUGCAAUACAUGACACCGUUUUACCUAGAGGCGGAGGAGACGAUAACGAGUCGCCCAUGUUUGUUAGAAAGGGAACCAAGAUUAUCCAUCCAUUGUGGUCUGUCCAUAGGUUGGAGAAAUAUUUUGGUAAAGAUACCCAUAGCUUUAAUCCGGACAGAUGGAGUAGCUUGCCUGUAAGUGGAGGCUUGGCAUUUAUGCCCUUUGGUACUGGACCUCGUAAUUGUUUAGGGCAACAGUUGGCACUACUCGAGACUAGCUAUGUUGCAAUUCGGUUGUUACAGACUUUUGAUUCGAUCAAGCUGGAUUUAGCUAAUGUGCGGACGAAGUCAACCGUGACUAUGGUGUCAAUGGACGGAUGCAAGGUGACUUUUGGCUGA